AUAAGGGUGCUUGCAGCUUCUUCCUGUAAUGUAAGAGCAAUCUUUGAAAUCGAUCGGCGCAAACGGUAUUAAUAAAUGACUCACGAUUAACCUUCCACUUAUACUUAAGAGACGAUAAGUAGAGGCCAUCUACAAACGCGCUAUUCUUACUAGUUUAUUCCCCACUAACAGCACUUUACCGUGAAGUUUCUCAUCCAAGAAAAGAAACACACACCUUCAGCAUAAAUAGAAACCAUCAUCCGCCAACAUGCCUCCAGCAUACUAUCAUCCACCACCCGAUCCCACCAACCCCGCCUUCAACCUAGAAGCAUAUAUGGCCGCAACCAUCGGCGGCGUCGACUAUUCCAACGAAGCCUGCGCCGCCAUGAAAGCAGGCCGAUUUGAAGAGUCCAUCGCGCUGCACCAGAAAGCUCUCGAACACAAGCUGCGUUUCCACCCCGAAGCAUCCAUCCAGGCCGCCAUCAGCUACAACGGCAUGGGCGAGGCCAUGCUGCGCGCGGGAAAACUGCAAGAAGCAGAUGAAGCCUUUCACAAGGCGCUACCGGUUCGGGAAGGAGACGGUCCGGUUCUAGAUGCGGCAGUGACCCGUGACAACAUCGGCCAGCUGCGAGAGGCCCAGGGAAGAUUCGCCGAGGCUAGGGAGAUACGUAUUAGGGGCUCAGGACAGCAGAUGGUAUGCGGAUACUACUACUGCCCCAAUAGUAGAACGUUCGCUCAAAGAGAGCUGAAAGCCUGCGGCGCAUGCCAGUCGGUUUUCUACUGCUCCAAGGAGUGCCAGAAGCAGGACUGGACUAAGCGACAUAAGCCGCUAUGCCAAGCGCGCCAGGCCGAGGGACAGUCCAGCAACCAGGGAGCUGGACAGUGAGGACCUAUUUGAGAGAUAAGGAAGAAUCUCGGGGUAGAGAAAUGUACCUAACCUAAGGUGCGAUAGAUACCUAGAUAUGAUUCAGACAGUACCGUGCUAGUAGUGUUAGUUGCACCGGCUUCUCCAUCUACUAAUAUGAGUCUCGUUGUCUUUUAUUUACGC